AUGAAUGCUUUGUCGCGGGCCUUUAACCAGAUGCUUUAUCCACUAUUUGAGAAGGAACUUAAGCUCAAACUUUUAGAGGAAGCCAAGAAUUUUGUGGUUAAGGUGAGUUUGUCACUGUUUUUGGAGCAGACAAUCUGAGAUCAGGAGUGCUUAACAUUUACACAAACCAUGAGGGUGGAAAUCUUGUGUAUAGACAUAAAACAGAUCAAUUAAGUUUCUGGGAAACUGCCCACCAACCCCUCCCCUAAGCCAACAUUUUUCCCUAAGUGAGAAGUAAGUGUUAGUGUAGUUUUAGGGGAGGGGUAGGUGGGCAGCUUCCCAGAAACCUAAAUUGAUGCCAUAAAACUAUAGAAUUUAAUGUGGUGGGAGAAUGACCCGCUACAAAGUAUAUCCAAAUUAUCCGAACAGACUAAAAUGAUUAGAAAAAUUGCAUCAUCUUAAAUCAUAGCAUUUUCUGAUGCUUUCCGAACAAGAUAACGUAAACCAUUUGAUUUUCCAACCGGAAUUUCCAGUUUUCCCAUGUAAAUGGCAAGUAGACUAGAAUUGCGAGCUUCUCUAGUUGCACGCAAUAAUACGCUCUGGGUUUUCAAAACUGGGAAAAAGAUGUCUGAUUUCUGUUUUUUUGUUUUUUGUUUUGCUUUAAUGUUACCAGUCAUGCUGCCGCAAGCUGAGGUCAUGGAUUGAAGUUGCUCCGUAUCAACCUGAGCAGCAGGUAGAUGAACAAGACUUUGAUGACAGGACAAACUCUGAUGGGCUGUGGGUGCUGUCAUGUUCCAUCUCACCCAACCCUGAUACCCCUGCCUUCUUGGCCAUGUUAGAUGGCGGAGGACAGGUGACGGACUACCUCAGACUCAAAUAUUUGCUGAACAGGAGAAAUGCGACAAGAGCCAAGGAACGUGAAGAUAAGGUUAGCCAUCUCCUUUGUUUUGGUUGUUGAUGUUCUAAUAGUGGCCAAACAAAACAAAAAAAAAUUUCUUUUUGUUAAAUGAUGAGAAAUAAAAUUUUAAUAGUAUUAUGCAUAAGUUCUGGAAAGGAGGUUUCAUUUAAAUGGUAGCAUCAUCACUUUUAAUAAUUUUUUUUUUGAAAGUCUUGCCCUUAUCUUUUAUUACAUGUACUUUGACCGUCUUUGAAAAAAAUGUGAGAUGUUGCUAAUAAUUCUGCACCCGUAAAUAUCAAGGAGGUUUUACUAGGAUUUCUGAUGUGCACUCAUAUACUACCCCAUCUUCGCUCAACAGUGACUUCUUACUAGACACUCAAGACUCAGAAACUCACCAAAAUAUAAUACUUUUGGCUUCUGGUAAAACAUAAGGGAUUACUGAUUUCUAUCUUAUGCUACCUGCAAGCAGAUGCAACAACUCCCAACAUUGUUGGCCGACAAUAUUGGGAGUUGUUUUGUCUGUUUGUAGUAGGUAAAAGAUUGACCGGUUUCAAACGUUGUGCAACAACACGCAACAACAUACAACAGGGUGUGCAAACGAUCGCAACAUGUAACAUCCAACAAUGUUGGGAGUUGUUGGCCAAUAAAGUUGUAUCUGUUUGCACGGGGCUUAAAAGUUACAGAAAUCAGCAAUUAAUUAAAAUAAAAUUAGCUCAGGAACUCUGUCUAGUCAAAGUAUAAACCUGCAUAAUGUGGUUUAUGAGUGACAGUCUGUGGUCAUGAGAACAAGGAAUCCAAAUAACAAAAAGAAAUAAGUUCUACAAAAUGAAAUUUGGAAAUGUUGUUGCAUUUAUUUCUUACUUUAACCACUUUUGGUAGUGAAAGGAUUUAAAAAUUAAUGCGAUCGUGCUGUGUUUUCAUAGGAAAAGGAUAUGGCAACUUUGAAACAGUUCAUCCUGAAGAAGCGUCCACAGGUUGUGGUUGUCGCAGCUGAAUGUCGUGAGGCACUCUCUGUGGUAGAUGACAUGAAGAUGUGCAUUGCAGAACUGGAACAAGAGAAUCAGAUUCCGACCAUCUCUGUUGAGGCGCUUGAUGGAGAAGUGGCUCGCAUUUUCACGUCCUCUCCCCGAUCCGAAGUAAGUUACAUGGAAUAGUACUGUUUUUUGUUUUGUUUUUUGUUUUUUGAGACCGGCUUAACCUUCCUUUUAGCUGAAUAGCGCGUCCCCAGUAACGAUCCCAGAAUUUUUUGUGAAAGCUAACUUGACCCAUAAUCCUUCUCGUUUUUUUAAGUGGUGGAUUGGCAGCAGAGUAAAGCAAAACAAAAUACAUUUGAUUAAAUUUAUCUUUUAAGACUUGUUUUUUAUGAUUCUUAUUUCCAGAAUGAGUUUCUUGAGUACCCAUCCCUGCUGCGUCAUGCAGUGUCACUUGGUCGAAGAAUUCAAGAUCCUCUCUCUGAAUUUGCUGCCUUGUGUGUUGAGGAAGAUGAGCUCCUUUGUUUAAGGCUGCAUCCAUUCCAGGUAUGAUCCCGGACCGCCAGAUGACAAAUGUAAGAUAGGUAUUAUAUGUUUUAUUAUCAGUCUGAUUUUAGGUUGAAGAUCACUUCAGGUGUUAACUGAAAAUUAUUAAAUGAUCUGUAGUUUUCACGUUGAGAGUGCUGUGUGUAAAUUAAGAAAUCUUUUACCAAGGUUGGGGCGCAAGUUUGAGACCUUAACAUGUUUCUUUUAGUACAGUGUGUGUUGUGGUUUUAUAGUAAGACGCAGUUGAUGCAAAUCAUCAUCAUCAUCAACAACAACAACAACAACAACUGGACAACUUAUUUGACUUAUUGAAAUAUCUACCAGCUUUGUUUUGACAAGGAUUUCCUGAUACCUCGAGAAAAGGAACCACCAGGCUUAUGGGAGCUGACCUUCAAACCUUGGGAUAAACUGCUUACUUUGUCCCCAGUUUUCUUUUCCUUGUUCCCUUUUGGCUCUUCUGUAUUUCUUUGGUGUCCUACAGUUUAAAGUAUUGUUUUAAUGUGUCGGUCAAUUAUGUGGUACAGUAGACUGUAUUAGACGGUAUCACAUUCCCCUCGAUCGGCCAUUUGGUUUCAAGUGCACCAAGUCUACUAAGGGGACGGGGGACGGUUUGGGAGGAGGCGAGAAACCCCGGGGCACGCCCCCCUGCCCCCCGGUACAUUUGAAAGCAAGAUGACCUGUAAGCGCUCGAUUCCGAUGAUCUUUUUGAAAAAUAGGGGACUGUGAACAUUCUAAUUACAUGACGGUUGAUUAGCGCUGCAAUGAGCUAACAUUGCGUGACCUUCCUCUUUGAAUAAGCAGCCCGACAUGAUUAGAGUUUGGUUAUUCUGGGAAACUGCCCACCCCUUCCUUAAUCCAGUGUUAACUCUACCUCUCGCCAAAGAGAAAAUGUUGUGUUAGGGGAGGGGUAGGUGGGCAUUUCCUAAGAAACGUGUGGUUUUUGUUUUAGGACCACGUACCCAAAGAGCGUCUCAUCAAGUGCCUUCAUGAGGAAUUCGUGACAGUGGUAAAUGAAGUAGGCGUUGACCCAAAUCGCUUACUGGAGCAUCCCCACACAGUGGCUCUACUACAGUUUGUUUGUGGACUGGGACCAAGAAAGGCCACUUCUCUAUUGAAGGUACAUUCUUUUACCAAAGUUACUUUGAAUUGGGUGGUAUCAGUGGUAGAUCCAGAAGAGGGGCCCACGCUCCCCGUUAUUUUUAGACCCGCAGGGUCGAGGAAAAAUGUUUUGGAGACCGGGGCCCCCCUUAUCUCAAUGUCUGGAUGACCGACCUCACCUCCCCCUCCCAAACUGUACAUAUGUUUUGUCAAAAAGCCACUUACUCUUACUCGCAAGAUUUCCUGGAAGGCAACGCUGAGUGAAAGUUUCGUUUUUUUUUUCUUUAAAAGUACAUAAAAUCAAAAAGCACCCAAUAAAGGAGUACUGAAGGGCGAAAAGUUAAGGUUUAUGGACUGAGUUGGUUGCGUCCAUUUACUUCUGUAAUAGCCAAAGAGAAAAGAUGGCAUUUCAAGCAGAACUAAAUAAUCAGCUGGUGCAAUUACCAAAGAGGUUUCAUUUAACUGGUAAAUCAACAGGAUUUUAUUCCCAGACUCCAAAGUUAGAACCACUGCUGAAGAGGUUUCAUUUUAAUGGUAACACCAUAGGAUUUCAUCCACAGACUCCAAAGUUAGGACUACAUACUAAAUAAAAUAAUAGUACCACGUGAAUGUACUGCUGAAGAGGUUUCAGUUGAAUGGUAACACCAUAGGAUUUCAUCCACAGACUCCAAAGUUAGAACAACAUACUAAAUAAAUAGUACCACAUGAAAGUACUGCUGAAGAGGUUUCAUUUGAAUGGUAACACCAUAGGAUUUCAUCCACAGACUCAAACGUCAGAACUACAUACUAAAUAAAUAGUACCAUGUGAAUGUACUGCUGAAGAGGUUUCAUUUGAAUGGUAACACCAGAGGAUUUCAUCCACAGACUCCAAAGUAAGGAUUACAUUACAUGUCGUGAUAUUAGCGACCCCGAAGUAAAAGGUUUGAUUCAAUGGUGUGGUGGGGAUGAAAGUUGCCUUUAGAUUCAAGCUUAGGCAGAUUUGGUUGCUGUGUUACGGAUAGAGGUCAGAAGCCUCCAAAAGAAGUUCUUUUCAAAACGUUGUAGUUAACAGGGUAGUUAAUUACGUUUUGCUGUGGAGUUUGUUUUGAGAAUCACUUUUUAAACUUUUUUUUUUGUCAGAGUUUAAGGCAGCAGUGUACCAGGUUGGAGAAUCGCUCGCAGCUGGUGACCGUGUGUGGACUGGGCCCUCAGGUUUUUCUAAACUGUGCGGGAUUCAUUAAGAUUGACACAGCAGCCAUCAGCGACACAACUACAAACUACAUAGAAGUGCUUGAUGGGUCUAGAGUACAUCCUGAAACAUAUGAGUGGGCCAAGAAAAUGGCUGUUGACGCGCUCGAGUAUGACGAGGUAACGAAAUUAGCCUGCGUGGAAGUUGCGUGGCAACUGUUGGGAAUUAAGGCGCGGGAGGAAGGAGGAAGGGGGAAAUUCCCUUCCUUCCUUCUUUCCUUCCUUGCGCGCCUAUCGCGUUCUCGCGCGAUGACUGUUGACGCGCUUGAGUAUGAUGAGGUAGCGAAACCAGUGUGACAGCAAUUUGAAGUUGAAAAAGGGGAAUUAAUACGCGCGAGUAAGGAGGAAGGGGAAGUAUCUUCCUCUCCUUCCUCGCGCGCUCAACGCGUUCUCACACGCGUUAAUUGCCUCUUCCCUUCAAAAGCCGGCUAUGUGGGCUAUAAGUUUUACAGCUAAACGAUAUCGAUAUCAGCCAAAACGCAAAAGCGCAAAUUGGCUUUUCGCGGACAACGCUGUUUUGUAUGGAGUAUUCAAAGAUUGCAAUGAUGCAGAGUCACUACAGCAAGACCUAAACGCACGUGUACACUGGGCAGACACAUGGCAAAUGUAAUUUAAUGCAAAGAAGUGCACCAUCCUUAGAGUCUUGUGCACGAAAUCUCUAGUUGAAUACCAAUAAUACACCAUCCACGGAGAACCCUUGGAAGCUGUUGAUCAUCACAAGUACCUUGGAGUUGAGCUAUCCAGUGAUCUAAACUGGGAUGUUCAUAUUGCUGGAAUGAUAGGCAAAGCCAAUCAAUCAGUUGGCUUUAAAAGAAGAAACCUAAAUAAGUGCCCAGAAAACGUUAAAGAGCAAUCCUAUCUUGCUUUAGUUAGACCCUAGCCUAUCUUCUGCCGUGAUGGGAUAUCCCCUUUGCAGAUAACAUGAUUAGAAGUAGAAUUAGAAAAGCUUUAACCCAGCCAAUGACAGAGAUGUCGUUUUGAUAUUCUUAGCAGCUACAAUCUCAAGUGAAUUAUUAACAAGGUUGUUCUCUACCUAUUGAGCAGGCCACAAUGGAUUCAAACCCUUCAGCAGCCUUGGAAGAAAUUCUUGAAGCUCCAGAUCGGCUAAGAGACUUAGAUCUCGAUGCUUUUGCAGAAGAGCUUGAACGGCAAGGAUAUGGCAACAAGGGAUUGACAUUGUACGACAUUCGAGAUGAGCUGUUUGGUCAGUAUAGGGAGCGACGCCCGCCGUACCGCUCCCUGUCAGUAGAGGAACGCUUCAGGCUGUUGACAGGAGAAACAAACGACUCUCUUUAUGUUGGCAAGCUGGUGGUGUGUAAUGUAACCGGGUUUGCGAACAGGAAGCCACCACGUGACGUUAUUGAUCAGGCCCAACCUGUCAGAAAUGACGAGACUGGCCAAUGGCAGUGUCCUUUCUGUCUACAGGAUACCUUUCCCGAUAUCAGCGAGGUAUGA